AUGGUGGUGUUUCUCGGCGGUAACGUGAAGAUCCUGAAAGUAGAAUACGAACUUUUGAAAUCGAGCAGGAAAAGGAUUUGCGAUCUCCACUUUAUCGAGACUGGACGAUGUAUGACAGAUGAGAUAAUACUGAGCGGAGGGAGUCUGUUACGCUCAGAGGAACAGGGCGAAGUUAGGGCUUACAUACGGAACAGUGAUAUCCCUCAACAUCUAGUUGAAAGUCUACAAAGUGUUUUGAAUCGUUUCGAUGAUGGUGUUUUCUUCUCUGUUGGUGAGGUGGGGACAUUCGUCAAUGGAUGUCUCUGGCGCUACCAUAAUGGUGAAAAGUGGAUGGACCUGAAAAUGCAGUGUUCGAAGGGAUUGGAAUCACAACGCGUUAAGCAGACUGUAAGGAUUACUGGUUCUCGUGACGUUCUUCCGACUUCAGCCCAACGUUUUCCUAAGGGUCCAAAGCUUGGGCUGAAAGCUGUGGAAAAGGGGGAAUCGAUAGAGGAGUCAUCAACUGGCCAUUCUUUUUCUCCAAGAUUCGUCACGGUCGGUCCUUUGCGCACACCCAAGGAGGAGCCAUCUGAUCCCACAAUCGAUCCUCCUUGGAAAAUCUCCGAGUUGCCUCCGCAAGAUCCUAGUUUGCUCAAGAACUGCUUUUUGGUGGAAGGGAAACAGUUAAUUCAGCUGUUUCGAUUUUGCCCACAAUGUGGAAGCAAAAUUCUUGAAGGGAACAAAACCGUGUCCAGGGUCAGAGAAAUUUUCUGGGAAUACCGCCUGUCUCUUGUUCUAAUCUUUGUGGACUAUGAGAAAGCCUUCGACAGCGUAGAAACAAAUGUAACACUUUCAGCGCUGGUCGAUCAAGCGCUCUGUUACGCAGCGAAGAAGUGGACAGAUAUCGCUGCCACGUCUAGGAAACCACUCACUACCCACGGAGCUAUUGAGAGAUGUCUUCUGAAAUUUAACCAGCGCACACAACACCUAGCCGGUAUUCGUAGCCCCGACUUACGAGCAAUGUCCAGUCUUCGCCACGCAGCGGAAUAUAUAUCGAAAGCAAAGCACAGAUGGGCCGGCCAUGUGAUGAGAAGAAUCGACGAUAAAUGGACUAAAAGAACGCUAGAGUUGAUCCCAAAGGAAGGAAGAGGGGCGUUGCGAUUAUCGGCACUUGCACUGCUUUCAUCAGCCAAAGGCGAUUGUCGCGUUGUCUCACUGAUGAACUGCCAAGACUUCUCAGUUUCGCUCAUAUUGAGCUUAUUAGUUUGGACGGUUGGAUCGAAUGAGUUCCGCAAAAGCUGUCGACAAGCCCUACAACGAGGUAGAUAUGUGAUAGAAAAUUCCGUUCCGGCACUCGUUCAUGAGGAGACGAGUCGGUAUCGGAGAAGAGUUGCUGAACGAAUGAAGGAAAUGCAAACAGCUGAGGUUCUCCACCCUCAAUCACUCAUUUUCCCAGCGAAAUAUUUGUCGUUGAAGGCGGUUGGUGACGAUGGUCAAGCCGCUACGUUGCCACCAUGUCCAGAACCUAAUCGUACCAUGUUCACUACCUUGGCACCAAUUACCGUACCCGCUCUGCAGACAACAACAACUGGUGUGACUAGUUGUAGUUCUACGGUUAUUCUUAGUACAACUGUAGCGGGCACAUCAUCUGGAGCUCAGACAGCGAUGACAUCCUCUUCUGGGGCAGCAGCCAGCUCGGCUGGAACUACCCUACCCUCAGUUGGGACUUCAGCAGCUGCUCAAACGUCGACGACGUCACGAACUGGAGGAACUGGUACAGCUCAGUCGACAAUCGCAUCCAAUCCAGCAAAUCCUACCACUAGAACAAUAUCCACGCAAACUGUCCCAGUUCCAGGCGACGACAGCAACACCCAGACAUCCACGUCUGGGGACGUUUCUACCGUCGCAUCCAUGUCAAGUGCAGGAAGUAGUUCGGCAUCGUCGUCAUCACCGUAUACGACAUUUUCACCAGAAGCUCCCUCGUCAAGUGCUGGGACCACCAUGGGAGCGUCAGGAUGUGUGGGACAAGAUGAAGGGAAAGAAUCCAAGAGAUCCUUUGUUAUGCCCACUAUGUACAGUUCAGUGCCCGAAUCUGAUCCAUUCCACAAUUGGAUGAGCUCAAUUUAUGAUUAUAUGUUCAAGGAGGAAGAAAUUUGCGAUCAACCACCAUUGAAAGACUUGAACUCGAUCACUGAGGAUCAGUUGUACGGUUUCCUGGCCACAUUGUCCGCAGCUAACCCAGGUCCUUUCUGCUCGUUGUGUGAUCGAUUUAUGAGUGAAGUUCGAAAACGAGUGUUUGUUGCUAAUCCGCUGUGGGGUGAAGACGGUGAACAUAUUAUGCGAUUAUUGUACGCUAAUAUUCCAACAUCUAAAGCAUUUUGCUCCACUCUGGCACCGGCGUGUUACGAAAAUUACGCGGCACGAACACGUAACAUCACGGAAGCAACAAUUUGUUUGGAAUGCACUGCAUGUAUGACCGUUGGGAAUGUGAUUCAGCAUAAUUUUCUGCUCGACAAAGGAGUCGUCGACGCUUUCCUACGUUUUCUUCGCUCCUCCUUCUUCCAUAAUACUUGCGCCGAACUUUGUCUUGUCUGGCAACCGCUCAAUCUAACGUUGUUCCCAAAUGGAUUCACCUACGAAGGGUGCAUGGACUUCAUGGACGACCGUUACGCAGACGUUAUUAACAUCGCUACAGUACUGCUGCGACCGGAACGAUUUUGCAGUUUGACAGUGCCGGUCGGGUUCGACUGUGUCACGGGUCUUUUGACGGCUAAAGAUAGUGAGGCUGCUCAGAAAUGA